AUGCCGACGGCGGCGGAUCUAGAGUUGGCUGCGGCCCGCGUGAACCUGUGCCUCGGCGCCGAGCGCCAAUUGCUAGCUCGCAAUGCGCAGAAGCGUCGCCUGCCAGUGACCAUCGUCACCGGUUUCCUGGGUGCGGGCAAGACGUCGCUGCUUCAGCACGUUCUGCAGCACAAGCUGAACCUUCGCGUGGCCUGUGCAGUUAGCGACCUGGCCGCUAUCAACGUGGACGCGCUGCUGGUGGCCAAUCAGCUAGCGGGCAACGGCAACAAGCUCUUCGAGCUUAAAGCAGACCCGAAUAGCAGCUUGGAUGCGUUUAAAGACGCCGUGUGGCAGGUGCUCAACGAGGACGACGACGCUGCAGCACUAGGUCAUGUGGACUACCUCGUUAUGGAAACCAGUGGCACAACAGAUCCCACACAAUUGGUCGCGGCCGUGCAGGAGAAAUUCGGCAAGAUGACAUGA